AUGCCAAGCUGGUUCCACAACCCCGCUACGAAACGAUGCGAGAAAUUUAUUUACGGCGGCUGCGGCCUGGGCGGCAAUGCGAACCGCUUCAGUACGCGGGAGGCGUGCGAAAGGGCGUGCCUCGGAGCUCCUCCGCCGAAACGCAUGCAAAUUAUCAUCGUCCAGUGCAGCGACGGCGCUGGCGGCGCGAACGACGCCUUGCUGGAUCUGACCCAAGUGGCCAAUGAAGCCUACGCGCGGCGGUACGGCCACGCGUACCUGCGCUACAAAGGGGUUAUCAGAGGGAACCGGACCUGGAUGGCCGUCUACAACCGCUUCGCGCUGUGGGCCGCGCUGCGACGCACGACGCCGUUUCAGUGGAUGUUGUUUUUGGAUGCCGAUGCUUUAAUUGUCGACUAUGAAAACCUUUGGGUCGAGGACCUCGCGACGAGAUACGCGGACCGGGCGCUCCUGUUCUGCAGCGACCGGCGCGGCCGCGACGUCGAUUUUCACAUCAAUUUUGGGGUGUUCUUCGCCCAUCUUAAUAAUACGAAAGCCGACGAUAUCCUGGCCGAUUGCUUGGACCAGCUCGAUGAGUCGGGAAUCGACCAGAACGCGGACGCCGAGUGGGAGUCCGGGAACAAGGCGAAGAUCGUGAACGAUCAAGUCAUGAUGCGCCGGGCGCUAGAACGCCGCGCGAACCGACGCGGCCGCGUCGCGGGCGUGAAGACCUUCAAGCACGACGACUACGACCGCUUCAAUUACGGCGGCCGCUUCGUGCGCCACUUCACCCGCGAGGCUACCAAAAACUUGGGCCGCCGAGAGACGGUCGAGGCCGCGACGCUCGGCGUCUUGCUCCGCUUUACCAAUCGGACCACGCUGCCCAGGCCCCCCGACCCACGAGCCAAGUGCUACCUCAGCGGGGUCGGUGCCGACGACAUCCGGCCCGCGCUCUUCCAGGCACUCCCCUGCUAA